AUGGCUCCAAAGGUGGCAAACGGAGGCAAGGGUGAGAGAGCCGUGCCCAGGCCGAGCGCAAGUGUAAUCCUAAUCUCGCCUCAAAACGAAGUCUUACUACUACACCGUGUGAAGACAUCCUCGUCCUUCCCUUCUGCCCAUGUGUUUCCUGGAGGAAAUAUUUCUUCACAGGACGGUGACUUCCCACCUGCCGGCCAUCCAGACAGCCAUGAUGAGGGUCCCCACUACCGACGAGCGGCAAUCCGGGAGCUGUUCGAAGAGAGUGGAAUCCUUCUUGCGAAGAAUAAGUCCACCGGCCAAAUGAUCCAAGUAAAUGAGGAGCAGAGGGAAAUAGGAAGACAUGCAAUCCACAUGAACAAGGUCACGUUCAACCAGUGGCUGAAAAGUAUAGAUGAUGCUGCGGAACCUGAUAUUGACCCGCUCAUCCCAUUUACCCACUGGAUAACACCGGUAAAGAACCCGAAGCGCUUCACGACACAGAUGUAUCUCUACUUUCUCCCGCCAUCCCCGGAGUCCAAAAACUUAAUUGGAAACGAAGAGACUGAAGUCCAAGUGCCAACGUCGGACGGCGGGAUAGAAAUUACUGAAGCACAAUUCCUACACGCCUCGGAGUGGUUGCGGCUUGCUAGGAACGGAGACAUCAUAAUGUUUCCACCGCAAGUCUUCUUGCUUUCUUUCGUCGCACAAUUCCUCGAUAGGCCAGGCGAAUUUCCGUCCACGAUUUCUAAGGAUGAGUCUACCAAACGCCGGUCUGAAUUGGUCAAAUUUGUGCAUUCGGGAUCCCCCCCUUGGACAGAUAAGUUUAUCUCACCACUCCAAAUCGGGCAGGUUGCUGAUGGACGGAAUAUUCUUGCAUUGGAUUAUGUUGGACCCGAGCUUCAAGGGUCAGAUAAAAAAGGGGAACCGGACAGGGUAGCACUGGUUCGAUUUCUGAAAGAGGGCCCCAGAGAGGUGGAAAUUCGGUGGAAGAAUGAAGUUGAACCUGUCAAGAAGGCGAAGAGUGCUCUCUAA